GGAGGAGGAGGAACUGAGCGCAUCGCCGUCUCUGCUCCUCAUUUGCCUCUCCAGCUCCCUGACAGGAGCCGGUGCCGACAGGAGGCUUAAUUGGAGGCUCUAGUGUGGAGGAGGGUGGAUCAUCAGAGCGCAGCGAUGACGGGCAAAUCAGUGAAAGACGUUGACAGAUACCAGACGGUGCUCAACUCUCUGCUGGCGCUGGAGGAGAACAAAUACUGCGCCGACUGCGAAUCUAAAGGUCCAAGAUGGGCUUCCUGGAAUUUGGGAAUAUUCAUUUGCAUUCGCUGCGCUGGGAUUCAUCGAAAUCUGGGGGUCCACAUCUCAAAGGUCAAGUCUGUAAACUUGGAUCAGUGGACACAGGAGCAGGUCCAGUGUGUUCAAGAGAUGGGAAACGCUAAGGCCAAACGUCUCUAUGAGGCCUUUUUACCUGAAUGCUUCCAACGGCCUGAGACGGACCAAGCCGCAGAGAUCUUCAUCAGGGACAAAUAUGAUAAAAAGAAAUAUAUGGAUAAGGUUAUUGACAUCCAGAUGCUUAGGAAAGAAAAAAGUUGUGACAACAUCCCCAAGGAACCUGUUGUGUUUGAGAAAAUGAAACCGAAAAAAGACAUCAGUCCGAAAACAGACUCCCAGGCUGUUUCAGACCUACUUGGACUCGAUGCUCCUACUCCGAGUCUUGCGGUACAUAAUGGUGGAGGAUGUGUUCCCGACAGUAAUGAGAGCCCGGCGAUGUCUAAUCCAGCUCAGGCACAAGCCGCUCUGGAUCUCUUUGGCUCUCUGCCAGCCCCCUCCUCAGCGCCCUCGACCAAAACUAUGGUACCUGCAGCCAGCUCCUUGCCUCAAAGCAGGGUCACCGCCUCAGUGCCUGAAAACCUCAGCUUAUUCACGGAUCCAAAACCCAAAUCGGAGCAAGGCACGGUAAAGAAGCUGUCCAAGGACUCUAUUCUCUCCCUCUAUUCUUCCACCCCUUCCCUGCAUGCCAGCAGUAUGACUCCACACGCUGGCUUGUACAUGAACCGAAUGGGAUUCCCAACACACCCGUAUGGUCCAUAUCAUAGUUUAGCCCAGGCUGGGGGAAUGGGAGGAGCCAUGAUGGCGCCACAAAUGGCAAUGAUGGGUCAGCAGCCGAGUUUGAUGGGGGUUCACCAGAACAGCAUGAUUGGAGCACAGCAGAACUGCAUGGCGGGACAACAGAAUGGAUUAAUGGCUGCUCAGGGUGUCAUGGCUCAGCCAAGCGGUGUUGUAGCAACACCUUACGUGACGGGGAUGAGCCAGGGAAUGAUGGGACAGCAGCAAAGCGGAAUGCUCUUACAUCAGCAGAAUGGAGGAUUAGGUCCACAGCAGAGUGGCAUGAUGGGACAACAGCAGGUUGGCGGCGUGGCCUCAUUACCUCAUCAGCAAGUGUUUGGAGUGCAACAUGCCGGCCAGCAGCUUCAGUGGAACAUGGCUCAGAUGACUCAGCAGGUAGCCGGCAUGAAUCUCUACGGCACCAACGGGAUGGCAGGGUACGGUAGCCAGCACACAGGAAGUUCAGCUGCUCCCAGUUCAGCGCACAUGACGGCCCACGUCUGGAAGUGAUUUUAUAAAUCCAAACACCAGAGGAACAUCUUUAAGACGAGAGGAAAUGGAGGAACUAGGAACAACAUCAAACAUUUUCAGAAGCAAGAGAAUAGGAGGAGAAGGAGGCAGUUGUGAAGAAGAUUUGAGAAACGACUACUACCUCUCUGUCUCUCCUCUCUCCCUAAGUUUCCUCUCUUAAUCUCAUUCAUAGCCAUGCUCUAUAAAUUUCCAUGUUUGCCUUCAGGACAUUUUGGUAUCAAGACAAACAGGGUUCAGACCAUUGCUUAGAUAAAUCUUUUUUUGUAUCCCAUCAUUAUAUGGUAGUAUCUACAUAUCCAUACACCCUUAUUCAGUUGGUUUAAAGUAGCUGCUUUAGGCUUAGGAAAAUGUUUUCAAAUGUUCUUUUUCUCUACUAAAUUUGAGUGCAGAGAUUAGCCUAGUCUAAAUAAUUCACAGAGAGAAUUUACUGAGACAAAACAAAGCCAAGAUAAGGCACCUUAUUGUAUUUAUUUGUAAAGCUAUGCACCAUGAGGGUUUGAUGACACUCAUUCUGACGCUACAUUUCAGCCAGGAAGACGUUUAAAGGGGCAACCACAAGAAAAUAUAUUACGAAACUGAGUAGAACCUCCUAUUGAAAGUAGUUUUACACAUGAAUAUAAAGCUGCUGAAAUAAACAAAAAUAACUAAGCUAAUAUUUCCCCUCCAGAAUAUUACAAAUGGUUAAACAGGCUAAAACAAGCUAUGCUAGUUUCCUCUUUGCAGUAGAAAACCAGUUUGCUUAAUACUUAUAGUUACCAGGUGACAAAAACUAAUAUCCGUUUUGUUAAAUUCCACGAUUGACUCCAAAUUCAAUGAUUUUUAAUGCUGAAGUCAUAUAUUUAAAGUAUAUUUUCUAAUUAUUUCUAUAUGAUCAGCCAAGAAGUAAAGCUGAUACGCCAGGCUAAUUUCCCAUUUUUAAGAGCUAACCUAAAGUUUGUUACGUUUCUCUAUUAGGGUAAUUACUCAUUAGGGUGGUUACUCAUGUGAUUUAGGUAAAACCAAAAUCACAUGAGUAAUCGCAUGAUUUGAAAUACUGUGUUUGUGUUUUAUAUAUCUUUAGACAAGAAAAACAAAUGUCACUAAUUAAUUAAAAGGAGCAGUCUGGAAUCAAGACAGAAAUAUGCUAAUUUCUUUCCAAUGCUAACAUUUAUUCAUGAAUUCUCUUUUAGUGUUUAGAGUAGCAGGUAAAAAAGAAUAUGGUUUCCGAUUUUAACAAAUGCUUUAUUUAAGUUUUGUGUAGUUAAAGUAAAAGGAUUAGUCAAUAAUUAUUUCAUAAAGAAAAAGAAGUUAAACCAAACCAAGCUAAACUGACCUCCCCUUGUAGUGGGAUGCUAAAGUCAGCUAGUUCCUUUUUAGUAGGCCUAUUUAAGGUAGCAAAAAGAAUAAUUUGCCAAAUAUUUUUUUUGGCUUAACAUUUGGAAGUAAUUGUCUCCUUCAAAGUAUUUUUCUGUCAUUUUAAACGAGAAGCUGUCAUCAAAGCUAUUCUAAAGUUUGCUAAAUAUUUCAAAACAAGCAAAAAGCCGGUUUCCCUCUGCUAGCAGUACGCUAAAAUUAGCUCAGUUAGCUGCGUUGAAUGCCUUUUAAUGUUGUGGACUCCUUUUGUUUCCAAUUAAGGGAUUAAAGAUCUACGUGCUUAGACAUUUUUCAAAAGAGUCCCUUUAAAUGUUUAUUAGUCCUGAGAUUUCAAAAUCUCGAACUGCAACAACAGCUACCUAAACAAAUUGCUUUAUAAAUGUCUGCAUUUCGAGUUACAGAGGGCUGAAUUUAGAAUUUAUUAUUUAACUUUAACGUGUCAAAAAGUCCUGCACUGGAUUUUUGAAGACCAAAGAUUAGCGUUAGCUUUACUAAGACUGUACAGUAUUUAAUUGUUCUUUUCACAAAUUCCAAUUUAACUAGUGACUCGAAGAAAAGUGACCAUUUAAUCUGUAUCUCUGGCAAUACCCACUCUUACACUUCACUGUGCUAUUGCCUCGGAAAGGGUCGGGAGGUAACUUUUAAAAGUUUGCAUGCUUUUGUCGUCCUGUAACUAGUUCAACACCUCAAAUCAACCAUCAACUCUGUGCAAAUGUGGCCUCAAACAACAAUGAAUGUCUGUAAACGGGAGAGAAACCAAGAGGGAGGUACACAUCGGUCAAGUUUCAGAUACUUCCACUGAACUGCAUGAAAAGAACGCGUAUCCACCGUCGACUGUGCGUAUUGUACGUUUUAAUUUUUACAGAUGUUUCUCUCUGCUGUAUAUUCUGAGUCUCUGACCAAGACUAACAAAAAUAUCAAUGAAUGUGUGUCCUGAAUGUUUUCCUGAUUGUAAUGGGUACACAGACUUGACUAUUGCUGCCAUUAUUAUUGUUUUUUUUUAUAUAAUCUUUAAUUGUGUCUGUGUGCACUUUUUUGUUUAUUUUUACUGUGGCAUUUGUAAGGUUUCCUUUUAUCCCUAUUUUAUCAUUAUGUUUGGAGCAAACUGUGAUGAGGUGGAUUAAGUUAUUUUCAAGAUAUUCAGGAACAUUUACAGUCCCACUAAUGUAUAACUUGGAGUGAAAAGAGAAAGUGUGUCUGCCAUCUUCCACCUCUCAAUGAUUUACUGAACCUUUAUCUGUCCGUUUACGCUUGCUGUUCCUUUGAUAUGCAUGAAAUGCUGUAGAAACAGUCAGUCCUUCCACAUUUAGCCAUCUUCUGUUCAACCAAUUUUGGUUUUAAGUCGCUUUAUUUCAUGAACUCACACAUCAGAGCUCUACUUUAAAGUCAUUUUAUUUAUUUUUUCCAGUUGGACUAAAUUUGGGUUGUGUUUGAUGAAAGUUGCUGGUUCAUUCAGUUUCCCUCCCCAGUCGAAGAUCUGUUGGAGAACAAGGAGGACUCCAUGGAAGAGUUCCCUGGAGAUUAGUUCUGUUUGUUUCUUUUUCUGGAAAUUGUCUGUAUAUGUGAUAAAUUUUAUUCUUUACCAGGAUACCUGUACAUUAAGUUUAUAAACAAGAUGGAUAAAUAUGUUCUGUAUAUUAGCUCUGCAUUUUUUUUCCACAUGCUUUGCCUCUUUUAGUUUUAUGUCUAUAUAAA